CGUUGUGAUGCCCCGGAGUCACCUCCCCCUGGGCCGGCUUCCACGUUGAGUGGUUUUGUUUGCAUCACCCACGCCGAGCAGAAGCGCAGGCUGCCUCCGGGUCGGGGGGCGGGUCCAGUGUGGCAAUGCUGGUGGGUGUCUGAUGCUUCACUUUUGCCCCUGUUCCAGUCGGCUGUCGGCCAUGAGUAUCAGUCAAAGCUCUCCAAGCACUGCUCACAGGUUGACUCCGUCCGGGGCUUUGGAGGCAAGUUUGGUGUCCAGGUGGACAGAGUGGACCAGUCUGCUGUGGGCUUCGAGUACCAGGGGAAGACCGAGAAACAUGCCUCGCAGAAAGACUACUCGAGCGGUUUCGGUGGCAAGUAUGGCGUGCAGUCCGACCGCGUGGACAAGAGUGCUGUGGGCUUCGACUACCAGGGCAAGACGGAGAAACACGAGUCACAGAGAGAUUACUCCAGAGGUUUCGGUGGCAAGUAUGGUAUCGACAAGGACAAGGUGGAUAAGAGCGCAGUCGGCUUCGAGUAUCAAGGCAAAACGGAGAAGCACGAGUCCCAGAAAGACUACGUGAAAGGCUUCGGGGGGAAGUUUGGUGUGCAGACGGACAGACAGGACAAGUGUGCCCUCGGCUGGGACCACCAGGAGAAGCCCCAGCUGCAUGAGUCCCAGAAAGAUUAUAAGACUGGUUUCGGAGGCAGAUUUGGUGUUCAGUCCGAGAGGCAGGACUCCUGUGCUGUGGGGUUUGAUUACAAGGAGAAACUGGCCAAGCACGGGUCCCAGCAAGACUACUCCAAAGGCUUCGGUGGGAAAUACGGGGUGCAGAAGGACCGGAUGGAUAAGAAUGCCUCCACCUUUGAGGAUGUUGCCGCGGUGUCCUCGUCUUACCAGAAGACUGUCCCUGUUGAAGCAGUGAACAGCAAAACAAGUAACAUCAGAGCGAACUUUGAAAACCUGGCAAAGGAGAAAGAACAGGAGGACCGGCGGAAGGCCGAGGCGGAGCGGGCGCAGAGGAUGGCUCAGGAGCGGCAGGAGCAGGAGGAGGCACGGCGGCAGCUGGACGAGCAGGCCCGGGCCCAGAAGCCCACGCCACCCGCGUCCCCCACACCCCAGCCGACUCAGGAGAUGCCAGCAUCGAGCCCUGUCUACGAGGACGCAGCUCCGUUCCGGGCUGAGCCGAGCUCCGGCACCGAGCCUGAGCUGGGCUACAGCGUGGAGACCACAGGGUACCCGGAGGCCUACGUCUCGGAGGCCGUCUACGAAAGCACGGAGGCGCCGAGCCGCUAUCAAGCAGAGGAAGGUACCUACGACGAAUACGAAAAUGACCUUGGAAUCACUGCCAUCGCCCUCUACGACUACCAGGCUGCGGGCGAUGAUGAGAUCUCCUUCGACCCCGAUGACAUCAUCACCAACAUCGAGAUGAUUGACGAUGGCUGGUGGCGCGGGCUGUGCAAGGGCAGGUACGGGCUCUUCCCUGCCAACUACGUGGAGCUGCGGCAGUAGGCGCCUUGCCCCGCCACGGCCGCCGGGCCUGGCGCCUCCUGGGUGCGGAGGGGCGUGUACGCUCCUGCUUUUCUAUUUAAUACUUUUGCUGAUGCUUUUGGAAAUGUUUACGCCCCAGGACUUGCUAAUAUAUUGUAAUCAUGUUCCUUGGAGGACUUGCUGAUUGUUUUUAUGCAUUUAAGGUAUUUUCUUUUUUUGCCAAAUCAACGGUGGUGUGGAGUCACUUUGGUGACCUUCAGUCCCGAGUGUGGGUUGUCUGUGCCCCGCUGUCGGGAGGCAGGACCACCCCUUGUGGUGGGGGCCUUGUCCUGAGGGUUUGGAGGAAGAGGGAAGGGCCUGAUGGGAAGUUAGUGUUGCUGAUUACUGGAGUGUUCUGGUCGCGUGGAGGCACUGCUCUCGCUGUGAAAUCCUGCAGUGGUUGCUGGGUUUUGCAAAGCCCUGCCUUUCUCUUCUUUUCCUGGAUGCUGUGGGAAGGCAGGUCCCUUCCCCCUGUGAACCGCAGAAAUGCUUCCCAUCAAGGGAGCUGUACUCUUUCUGCCAAAAUAGCAUGUUAAAUGACAGCAAAAUGUAAUGGAUUGACUUGCCUGAGAAUGUGAAGCGAGCAAGCGUGAGCUCUCCUGGGCUGCUGUGGGGAGCCCAUCCCCUGGGAGGGGCUGGGAGGCCCGCUCAGCACCCUCCCGAGUGACCGUGUGGAACUGCUCAGGUGUUGGGACCUCAGUGACCGCAAGGGACACAUCUUCUUUCCUGAAGUGCAUUGCUCUACCAGAGUUAGGUUGGGUUUUAUAUGCGAUCCUUGUAUCUACGUUUCUGUAGCGCACCUCAUUGGUAUGGUUUUUUUAAAUUAAAUAUUCAAAAUAAACUUUUUUUGACCCACUUG